GUCAUGUAAAUGGAACAUGUCAAUGAAGUAUUGAUAUUGUCACUAAAACAAGAUAUUUGCAGUUUGAACGAAACUAUUGAAAAUAUUGGUGGAGGAGAUGAAAUUCAUUCAUGGCUCUUUCCAACGAAAAACUAUAGUUUCGUCACAGAUUUCAUAAAGGCUAACAGAAUAUUUCAAGACAAUAAUGUGAAGCUGUUUCUGGAACUAGCAAUAGAUAGAUUAUAUGUAGGUUUAAGAUUGAUUCUAAACAGAUUGGAGGAGUAUGUAAAUGAUAGAGUUUUAAAGAAAAACCCUUUCCUUCGUAGACCACAGCAAAUUACACUUGGUUGUUGCUUCAAGAGUUUGUGGAGUGUAUUUAGUACACUGCUGACUAAAAUGGCUGAAAAGGACCACACCACAACAAUUACAAGUGUUACAGAAACUAAUCUCAAAAAGAAAAUCGAUGUUGAUUGCCAGACUGAUAUAAUUUCAUUGAAUAAGUGCGAUAGCUGUGCUUCAGCUAUGAUGUGUAUGAAGAAUCUUCUGACAAUUUUUGACGGUGUGUCUACUGAUAAUAUGUUGUUCAAAAGAAAAAUCCGUCCGAAAUUAUUCGAUAUAACCCAAUUCGGAUGUAUGUUACAAACUACUACUGCAAUAGAGAACAGUUUGAGAAGCAUUUUCCAGAAACUCCUAGACAAAGAACAAGAGAACACGGAACUUCUUUCGUCAUAUAAUAAAAUGAAAAAGGCAAAUGACGAAAAGAUAGCCAAAAUUACAAUGUUGGAGCAGGAAGUCAAAAUUUAUAAAGAAAAGCGCGAAAAAGAUUUAUUAAAAAUUACCCUGUUACGGAAUCGGGAAGAAAAGUUGCUUACUGAAAAAUCUAAGAACGAUCAAAAAAUAAGAGAGUUCGAGUAUAUUAUGACCAAUUUGAAUGAUUCAUUGAGGGUACAUGAAACAAAAAUACAAAACAUGAUAUCAGAACGAGAAACCAUGGACAGUGCCUUCAGAAGCAUGUGGAACUUUGAGAAGAAACUGGAAACACAAUGCAAUCUUUUGCAAAGGAAAAUGUCGGUACUUGAAAGAGGACAGUGUUAUGUUGAAAAUGGAUUCAAGCAAUUUCAAGCCACAGUAGACAUUUUGAAUGAGAAAUUGAACAAUAUUUCUAAAUGGCACUCCGAAACUGAAACUAAAAUACAGAAUAUGGCCAGUGACAUUUCAAAUAUAACCAAAGAAUCAUAUUCGAUGGUUGAAAAGAUCGACCAACAAAAGGAAAAUCUGAAACAGAAACUCAUACGAAGCUGUAUUAAUGAAGUAGAAGACUCAACCAUUCCGACACCUAAAUUUCAAAUAAAGGGGAAUCCUUUAGAGGACAUAUCUAGGCAAAUAGAAGAAAACAAUGAGAAAAUAAGACAACUAGAAAAUGAAAAUACAAAACUACAAAAAAUUGUGUCCAAAUUCAAAGGCAUGAAAAAAUAAAAAUAUUCAUAUAUCAAGCACGACCAUUUUUUAGAUAUCUGUGAUAUAUGUUUAUAAUUGGUUUCAAAACUAUUUGUUGAAUAGAAAGCAAUAAUAUGUCUAUAUAGUUGAAAAAAAAUAUUAUGUGGGGUAUCGCAAGGAUCAAUAUUUGGAACUAUUUCGUUUCUCAUAUAUUUCAAUUAUUUGGCUACAGUAAAUUUAUUUGGUUGAUUACAAAUGUUUACCAAUUUAAUUAACAAGGGAAAUAGUGUACAAGAAAUUAAAAUUCAUAUUUCAAAAUAUCUUGAUCAAAUAUCUGUAUAGCUUCAAUACUAUAAAAUUAUGAGGUGCAUACUCAAAUUGAACUACAAAAGGAGCCUACAGUCAACUUGUAUAAUACCAAAAACACUAUCAAAUUUUUGUCAGUUAUUCAUGUAUUCCAAUUAGGUUCCUUCAUUCAUUUGGCAAAAAUAAGCUGAAACAUUCAAAUCUGACUUUCAAACACAAUUAUUUGUCAAGAUAUUCAGGCAAUGUUAAAUUAAUGGAAAUAAAAACAAAUAUUGGACAAAAUUCGAUUUACUCAAAAGGUAUCAAAUUUUACAAUGUGCUACUGAAAACUUUGAAAAAAAUUCCAAAUAUACUUUGAAAAACAGUGAUUGCAUAGAUAUAUUCUCUGAUGAGUGCAUUUAUGACUUUGUUGAUAAUCAAAUUCAAUCAUACAUAUUUUUCUUUUAGGUUGUCAGUUCUGAUUUAUAUAUUUUUUGUGCUCAUUUAUAUUAUAGUUAGUUUUUAAAUGUUUUUCCCCCAUUUUCUUGGGAAAAUAAAUCGUUACUAUUAUUCUCACAAUCAUUGACAUCUUUCCUUACAAAGACAUUCCUUAAAAGAAAAACUCAAACCUUAUUUUUCCACGACAAACAAGGGCCCCCGUGAAUGUUUAAUGCAAAGCAAUCGAUCACCUAAUGGGGAUUCGUUUUCUGUUUCUUUAUAACAUAGUUCCAUGCCAAAAUGUAGUGUGUGAAAGAUCGGUGAUUUGUGAAAGAAGCAAAAAAAGAUGAUGUGUUCUCAUUAUAAUAUAUCUUCGGAACCAAUUUUGUUCUAUGUCUCCUGAACCAGUGAUUGACGAAUAGACCGGCUCUGAAGAUACCAAACAUGGUAUUUACAGAUAUGCAUGAGUAAAUGUUUCAUUUACAUGUCAAUUAGUGUGUUUUGACAUGGAUCAGCUGACAGAAUUUCAUCAAUUUCACCACAGAACAUUAUCAUAAAUGAAGUUUCUCUGACCACUAUUAACCACUGUAUUAAAUCCACAAGAGAAACCACCAUCUAUUUCCAUGAAUGUUCAGUCAAGUCUUCAUCCAUGUCUUCUCAAUUUACUUGAUUAUUCUCGUAUAGGAAAUCUUAGAAACAAAGAGGAUCCAUCCUAUUGAAACCAUAAAGAUUAGGAAGUACAUUUGUCAGCAUAGAAAUAAACUGUUUAUAAAAAUUUCGAACAGAUGUCUUCGUAAGGUUCUCCACAAAAAAAUUAGUCUAUACCCAGAAUACUGGUCCGAAUAUUUGUUGCUGAUUGCUGAAUAUGCAACUAUCUCAUCCAGAGAUGAUUUUCUCAGAACCAGUUUCACCAAUUCUGACAGUUCACAACGAAGGGUUGAGAUGGAUUCAUAAAAAAUACAUGAUUGGAUAAAAGUUCUUUCUCAUUUUUUCCGUCAGGAUCAUCUUCACAUAACUCUUCUGUCGUGUGAAUUUUGGAAUGAUAUCAAAUACAAAGAUACUUAGACAUUUUGGCUGUAACAGUAUCAAAAGAAUCACUUAACUUACAUCAAGAAAGAUUAUGAAUAUUCCCAAUUCAUCAGUAAAAUUAAAGUGAAAGUGGUGCAUAAGUCAUGCUACAGAACAGAUGUGCUUGCUAUCUGUUAUCAAAUUUAUUUUCCUUCCCAACACACGCGACUUCAGGAUUGAAAGUAUGUGAUAUUGACUUCUUACAGUUAGAAUCUGAACUAAGCAAUACUAUAAAUUGCCCUUGGGAAUAAAUCUUUUGAACAAAAGUAUGUAAUUCACUUUAAAUUCUGAGCUAAUGGCCUGUUAUAAAAGAAAAUAAAAUCUCCCUAAUAUUUUUCAAUUUUGUGUCGUCGAAUUUCUGUUCUAGCUGAAAACAGAUCAGAUAUAGUUUUCGAUGCAAAAAAUUAUUUGAAAAUUUAACUCUGCCAAGAAUGUGGAAAACAUACCGCAACGUUUUAUCU